AUGCUCACAGCAGUAACAAAUGCAACGGAAAAUUCGGCUGGUGCUAACCUGAGGUGCUUGUACACGAAUGCCCAAAGCAUCAUAUCGAAACUAGACGAACUAAAACUUUGCCUUGUUGAGCUGUCUCCAGAUGUUUUAGCAGUAACUGAGACCUGGCUGUCCGAGAAUAUUAGCGAUAACGAAGUAGCCUCGCCUGGAUACCAAAUUUAUCGGAGGGACAGGGAACAUCGUCAGGGUGGUGGUAUCGUUGUGUAUGUGAAUGACGGUCUGGCAGUGUCGGAUAAAACCACCAAGUUUGUGUGCAGUACGGAAGCUGUUUGGUUGACCAUCAAGGCUACCGGUUCCCCGUGUCUCGAUGUCCUCACUGUCUACCGACCACCUAGGACAGACCGAAUCGCCGACACUCAACUAUUGGAGCAGUUGGAGAAAUUUUCCAGUCGACCUAACAUCAUGAUCAUGGGCGACUUCAACGCACCAGGGACAAACUGGAAUACCCUCCAAGCGUCAGGUCCAAAAUCCGCAUUCGAUUACCGCCUGUUGAGCAAGACAUUAAAUGCGUGCCUCACACAACAUGUAAUGUUCCCAACGAGAACACGUGAAGGACAAAGGGCAAACUGCCUGGAUCUGGUCUUUACGAAAACACCAGACAGCAUAGACGAGAUCGCCUCCAUGCCGCCCCUUGGCCGAAGUGACCACGUAGUGCUUAUGUGGGAUUAUUCGUUAUUCUCCAUGUCACACACUCCAGGCCACAAAAGGCGUAAUGUUUGGCGGGGCGAUUUCAAUCAGAUGAGGGCAGACUUAUCCGGUCUUGACUGGGGCUCUUUGUUUACGGGAAGUGCCAACGAUGACUGGGAGCUGUUCAAGAAUGUCCUUCUGCAGCUCAUCAACAGCCACUGCCCACUGACUAGUGUAAGACUGAACAAACGCCCUGGGUGGCUAAAUAGCAACCUCAAGAAGGAAAUCAAUAGGAAGCACAAAUUGUGGAGAAAAUACUGCGUCACUAGACAAGCUGAAUGCUUCAACACCUACAAGACACAGAGGAACAAACUGAGGAAGCUGAUAAUUCAGACGCGGCGGGAAUUCGAGAAGAACUUGCUACGAAAAGCAACGCAGAACCCAAAAUUGCUCUACAGCUACCUCCGACGAACUACAAGGAACAGGCAUCAAAUCCCCUUGAUGAAGACUACUGAUGGCGUUGAGAUCGCUGAUAGUAGGGAUAAAGCUGCGUAUUUUUCACGGUUUUUCCAAUCAGUCUACAUAAACGAGGCAAGGUUCCUUCCUCCCUCCACAGAAGAACUGCCGACUCCAAGCGUCAGUGAUAUACUCUUCUCAGAAGGCAUUGUCCGAAGAGAAUUAGAGGCAUUGAACGAAUCGAAGUCGCCAGGACCAGACGAGAUUCCAUCCAAGCUUCUGAAGGAACUUGCCCGUGAGCUCUCUGUGCCUUUGUCGAUGCUCUUUCAAACGUCAUUUGACACUGGAACACUUCCUAUCGAUUGGAAGCUGGCGCAUAUUACUCCGCUACACAAAGGAGGUAACAGGGCAGCGACGACAAAUUACCGGCCCAUAAGUUUGACAUGCAUUCUCUGCAAAGUUAUGGAAAGGAUCAUAAAGUGUGAACUGAUGCAAUUCCUGGAAGUUCACGGCCUGCUAUCGAAAUGCCAACAUGGGUUCCGAGCAGGAAGAUCCUGCACGACAAACCUGCUGCAAUCUCUUCAGAGCUGGACCCGAGCUCUCGACGACAGGCACGCGGUCCACAUAGCCUUCAUCGACUUCCAGAAGGCUUUCGAAACUGUGGCACACCAAAAACUCUUACAUAAGCUGAAAAAACAGGGAUCGGUGGCAACUUCCUUAAAUGGAUCGUAAACUUCCUUGUGGGUCGACAUCAGGUUGUGUGCGUCGGUCGGGGAAAAUCAGAUCCGGCUAUGGUCGAAAGUGGUGUCCCCCAGGGUUCAGUUCUGGGACCCAUUUUCUUCCUUAUCUACGUGGACGAUGCCGCAAGAGAUUUGGACUUUGAAGUAGCAAUGUUUGCGGACGACAUGAAGAUAUGGAGUGUAAUUCGUGGUCCUGCCGAUGAAGACAGACUGCAGAUGAACCUGAAUCGGUUGGAGGAGUGGUCAAACCGUUGGCUCCUGCGGUUCAACGUUGCCAAAUGUAGCAUACUUCGCCUAGGCAACACAGCCACAUCCGCCAGCACAAGAGGCUACUUUCUGGGCGGUGCAGCACUACAAGAGGUCAAAGCCCAAAGGGACCUCGGUGUGAUUACGACGAGUUCCCUAAAACCAUCCGCCCACUGUUCGAGAGUGGCAAAACUGCAAUGUCCGUACUGUACGCCAUCAAGCGUGCGUUUAUGGACUUUGACGAAGAAGCUUUCUCUAAGACAUUCAGAACAUUCGUCCGGCCGCAUUUAGAGUACGGCAUACAAGCUUGGAGGCCGUGGGGUGUUGUGGAUCAAAACUGCCUCGAAAGAGUCCAGAGGAGAGCCACAAAGAUGGUUAGGGGUCAAAGCUCCUUUCCUUAUGCGACCCGCCUAGUAAAUCUGAACCUCUUUCCUUUGAGUUACAGGCAACUUCGCGGAGAUCUCUUGCAAGCCUUCCGCAUUGUAAAGGGGUUGGAUUGCAGUCUGGCCUUCGAGGACUUUUUUGAAUUUGCUACCACGACAAACCUCCGAGGUCACCCGUUAAAACUGCGCACUCAGCAGGCACGGCUGGAUGUGCGGAAGUUCUCCUUCUCGGUUCGGGUGGUCAAACCGUGGAAUGAGCUUCCCGCAGAUGUUGUGAUGUCACCAUCUAUACAAAGUUUUAAGAAGAAUAUGGACAUAUUUAUGUUCUGAAAUGACCACGAGCGAUGAGAAGUCGAGCUCACCCCCUGUAACUCCUUCUCAUUUUGUCCCACCAUUAUGGGCGUGUUCGAACUAUUUCAGCCCAGAGCAUCUAUCUGUACACCACAUAUUUUUUACGUUGCAAAUAGGGUACUCAAAGGCUUACGCCUAUUUCCCUCAAUAAAUUGAACUGAACUGAACUGAACAUGAAUAGGGAGCUCAAGGGCGAAAGCCUCAUUCCCUUAAUAAACUGACUUAAUAUCUGCAUACCUGGGAGUUCGUACACAACGCGUUAAGAUUUACAAUACUAUCUCCAAGCCCACACGUGUGAGGAGUGGAAUCAUUCUGGGUAGUGUACUCGGCCUGCUUUUAUUUUGCCUUUUCGUUAAUGAUGUACCCGAUUUAUUUCAGAAUGGUAAGCCUUUCAUGUAUGCCGAAGAUCUCAAAGUUGCAUAUCGAUAUAAGCCGGCAGAUUAUGACAUCGUGCUUGAGCUCCUAAAGAGCGAUCUACAGGCUUUCGCCCAGUGGUGUCGCGCAUGGCGCCUUUCUCUUUCUUGGCAUAAGUGCUCAGUCCUGGUGGUUGGCGACGACCGCCAACCUCAACUAAGUAUUGUCGGUCACGCCAUAAAUUUGCCUGGGGUUAUUAAAGAUCUGGGCGUAUCAUACUCCAAGAGGCUCAAUCUCUCGUAGCACUGUGCCUUGAUAGUUUCCAAAGCACGUAGAACGACCUGGUUUAUCCUCCGAAACUUUAAAACUAGGAAAAUUUGAAUGCGCCUUUACAACAUGUAUGUUAGACCUGGUCUGGAAUACUAUUCGUUUUUAUUUAGCCUCAUGCGUGGUACUGAGCGGAAGAAAAUAGAAUCCGUUCAACACUUUUUUUACCAAGAGAAUUUUAACCCCGGAAGACAGACAUUUGUCUUACCAAGAACGUUUCCGGCUUAGGGCUUUGAUCCUUUAUGGUUCCGUAGAUUACGAAAGGGACUAUUUUUGCUAUUUAAACUCUUAUAUAAUCACACAUUUAACCCACUCGCAUCUUUAAGACAUCAAACCCAUCCACGGCGUAACAGUCACCGUGAAGUCUUUUUAUUUCUUCCUCUGUCACGUACUGUUAAAUAUCGUCGGUUUUUUCUGUAAGUGCAUUUGCUGUUUUUUUCUGAGUUCAUGAAGUGGACCGGCUUGUAUGGGCAAAGUUCCGAAUAAACUGUCUGUAAUAAGAAGCUAGUUGAAGGAAUCUAUGGAGUUGCGGCUGGUUUAUCGAGGUAAGCCAUGUGCGAAUUUGCUUUAGCCUAUCAUUGACGGUAGCUAUACGGCCGGAUAAGAUUUUGUGACCCAACAUUGUUAAAUAUGAGCGUAGGAAGACGAAUUUAUGGGGGGGGGAUUGACAUCAAUCCGGCAUCGCGGAGCGCUUUUAAAACCUCCUGUAGAUUACGGUUGUCUUGGUCAAUUGUCUGUCCAAAUACGACAAUGUCGUCCUGACAGACAAAGCAUUUGACUUGAAUGAGGUGCCGGAACACCUGAUACAGCAGCCGCUGAAAGAUUGCAGCGACAUAAGAAAGCCCGAAUAAAAGUGUCUGGAAUUCAUACAGACCUUACGGCACAGUGAACGCUUCCGGGUGUAUUUUGACUUGCCAAUAUACUGACUUAAAAUAUAAAGUGGAGAACCAUGCCAGGCAUCCCAGCGUGUCAAGGGUAUCGCCUAGUUGAGGUAGGGGAGGCGACUCACAGCUGGUGACGGCGUUCACGCGGCGAUAGUCAAUACACAGUCGCAAGGAACAGCCUUUCCUGGGUGGGUGGAGCCCACCUGGAGGAAAAGGGUUGAGUAAUCUGUGCUUUUAGAAGCUCGUCCAGAAUUUUACCAUCCUCUACGCGGUAUGGGGUCGCUAUGCGUCGACGAGGUUUCCAGACGGGUUUGACAUCACAAGAGUUUAUGAUAUGUUGCAACUUAUAGGUGCGGCCGACGGAAUCGGUCGUCUAAGUAAACACAUCAUGGAGUUACCAAGAAGAUGGGAUGAAAGGUUCCACUAAAACAUGUCCUCAAAGCUAAGUGCAUACUCAAGACCAUGCAUUAUCUUGUAGACGAGGAUAAGAUCACCUCUUUGCUGCCUGUAACACAGAGGGAAUAAAUUAAGGCAAUUCAGUCUGUCCGUGUAGGAUUGGCUUUCAUGACCGUUUACCCCCUUUGCUGCACGCCGUUGUACCCGCUUGAGGCAUGCUUGGUCCCUCAUUAACCAUGGCGCCAUGCUUGUAAGCCAUAUUCUAAGUGGGGCCGAACAAAAGUGCCGUAAACUCUCCCAAAAAGGUCUUGGUCAAAAUUCACGAAAGCACUUUUGAUUGCAUGCAGCACUCCGAUGGCGUUUUUUGCAGCCUUGUGGCACUGCAGCGUUGGUUUCAGGUUGUUCUGUAUCCAAACCCCGAGAUCCUUCUGUGAAGAUUCUGCGGGGAGCCUUAUAUCUUUCAGGUGAUUUGUCCUCAGGCUCUCAUUUGAAUGAGAGUUUGUUGGACGCAGAUGAAGGACGGUACACUUCUCCAGAUUGAAAUCUAGAAGCCAUUUCUCCGACCACGCUUGCAGUCGGUGCAGAUUAUCUUGAAGGGAUCUCUGAUCAUUCGGUCUCUUAAUGACUUGCCAGAGCUUAACAUCGUCUGCAAACAUUAUUUUGCCGCAGUCGAGUUCCUGAAGGCUGUCGUUAACGUUAAGGAUGAAGAGCACUGGUCCCAGAACUGAGCCUUGUGGCACACCACUGGUCACGUUCACCCACUCGGACAUAUCAUCUCCAAAAGAGACACGUUGUUUCCGACCAACCAGAAACGCCCUAAUCCAGUUCAGAAGAUCUCCCCGGAUGCCGAUGGCGCUCAAUUUGUGAAGAAGACGUUGGUGCGGGACAGUGUCAAAAGCUUUGCGGAAAUCGAUGUACACGACUUCGACCUCAAAACCCUCUUCUAGAGCCCUGGUCCAGAUCUCCAGACAAGCUAGUAGAUUUGAGAGGCAGGGACGUCUUCUCCGGAAGCCAUGUUGAAAAUCCUGCAAGAUGUAAUUUUCUUCACAAGACUGCUCUAUAGCGCUCUUACCUAUAUUUCCACCGUUUUGCAAGGGAGGCGAUUUAAGCUAAUAAGCCUAAUGUUGCUUGCUCUCAUCCUGCUACCUACCUUAUGCAGUGGAACGAGGUUAGCUGUCUGUCACUGUGAGGGCAGCCUUUCUGUUCUCAUUGACAGUUCAAAGAGAUUCGAAAGGGGCUUUGACAGCUCCAUUGAUAGCUCCUUAAGUAUUAGUCCGUGAAUUCUGUCGGGUCCGGGAGACUUAUCAGGUUUAUUUGACUGAGGAUGCGUCUUACUUCGUCGACGGAAAAAGCGACGGUUUCAAUGACGGCAAUAUCUUGGCGCAUUUGAACCUCCUGGCUGUCUCGGUCCAUUUCAAACUGCUGAUUUUCUUCUGAAGACUCCUCCGUAAAAACUGAUUUAAAAAACUAAGAGAGUAAUCGCACUUUCUGUGGUCCUUCGACUUAUAAGUUUCCAAGACUAUCCUUUAGACAGGCAAUUUCGUCCCUAUGUUUCCUACUACUGCGGAUGUACCCGUCAAACUUCUUGGGACAUGUAAUGGAAUCUGCUAUUAGUCGGCGUUGGAAAGAAGUCCUAGCAACCCGUAUUUGUUUUCGGCAUAUAUUGCGCUGAUCCUUAUAUUUGGCGAAUGACCUUGGAGCUCGAAGUUUCAAAUACUUUUUCCAGAUUAACUGUUUCCUCCUCAUGGUCUUGUUGUCGUCGGAUUGACCCACGGCGUUGCCAGAAUUUCUCUGAAUCUUCUGUGUUGACCAACCAGGUUUUCUGCAAAUGGUGCGUCUCAUUGCGUUAAGCUCACACUUCCAAAUAUUUCUGUGCCUUUUGAUUUUUGGUUGUAAGUUCGAUAGGAGAGAGCACAUACAGGCAAAAGCAAUAUGAUCGCUUAAACCGAGUGGAGGUUGUGAAUUCACUUCCCUUAUUAGUCCUUCUUCUCAACUGAUAACGAGAUCUAAACAAUUAGAUUGUUGUCCUUCCAUCAUUCUUGCUCCGAAUUUUAUCUGUUAAAUGAUAUAUUCAUUUAGGGAGAUUUGAAGUAGUUCGUGGUAAAAUGACGUGGUCGGGGUGUUUGUUAGGGGAAUAUUCCAGGCUGUCCCUAGAGCGUUAAAGGCACCCAGAAGUAGUAAGUUCUCCUGCUUACAUAACAACUCCAUUUCCCUAAGUAAUUCCAUAUCGGCGACUUCAUUCGAACUAGGAGGUCGAUAGACAACAAACAGGUUUAGUGUCGGUACUUGUUUGAUACAUAUCUUGCAUGAAGUUAUUUCAAAAUUUCGCGGCGCCCCAUCGGAUAUUUCUCGCUGAGAGCACGGAAUUUCAUUUGAUAUCUAAAUCGCUGUGCCUCCUCCACUACGCUGAAAUCUGUCACAACUGACCGGUUGGCAGCCUUCAAUACUGACUUCGCUACUACUCAUUUCCUCAGUCAACCAUGUCUCUGUUAGGACGAUUAUAUGAGGCUUCUGUUCAUUUCCAGUAAUCUGAGUUUAUGUAACUUGUUGAGGAGACUCUGACAGUUAGUGCAAUAGGUUUAUAGACAUCGGUCACUGGGGCGAGAAGCCUCAAGAGUUGGCACCUUUGCAUCGGUUAGGCUGUCAGAAUGACGGCCUUCGGCCAGAGAAAUGUCCUUUUGAACUGAAUUAUUUGUCCGUACUUGAUUUGUUGGUGUAUUUCGCCGCUGCUUCUCCGCUUUUUCAGCUCCGUCAUCAGCUCUCUCAUUUUCAUUCGCUCUUUUGGCUCGUAAUCCGGCUGAAAAAAAUUCCGGAUGAUAACCCCGCAGAGAUGAUUUUCUCUGUAACAGGAGCUGUGUCUGUGCUUCAAAAAUGAAUUUUAGGGGUCGAGGCCGGGAAGUAGAACCGGGUGCUGACUGAGUCUUCCCUAUUCAGAAUGCUUUGAGAACCUUAAGCGACUCAUCGUCUGUUAACAAAUCUUUCGCAUACAUUUGAAGAAGGUCUAAGUCAUGCAUAACUCUCACCUUUGGAAUCGUCGCCGUUGAUUCGGGUACUCCUUUUAUAACUACAUUUUGCUUGCAACUGAAUCUAGCGCUCGUUGUUGUCGCGCAUCAUUUCUCCAAUUUACUUGUUAGGAGCCUCCGGCGAUCCUUCGUAGGCCUCCUUGUCGUCCACAUCCGCUGGUCUGCGUGUACACAAGCGGCCUUCGUUUUUUUGGACAGUACAGAGGUGCGCGUUGUUUUUCUGGGAAGAUUCUUUGUUCUCUGAGUUCGCUUUGGCUGGUCUUUUUCUCGCCUAAGAGACUUCAAUUCAACUGCUUCUAGCUCCCUGGAUGAACCGUCGUCAGUUUCGGCGUUUGAUAUGGCUAAAAAAGCCGUGGUUGCAUAUUUUUUUUUUCGGAUUCUGGAUUGCCAAAUUCGUCGACUUCUUAUCUUCACGAAAGUGGUGAGUAAGCUUCCAUAAAUUUUCUGCCUCCAUUUUUAGACCUUUUAACUUCCCCUCCAUUUUCGAAAAUUUAUGGAUACGUCCAAAAAGUGUGGUACAGCUUUCAUCGUCUUAUGUGACAUCCCCCAACGUCCCUAGACUUUUUGCUCGUUUUACAGGCAUUGGUCUGACAGCAGAACGUCCAACAAUGCAGUCAUUAAUAUCAUGCUUAAUACAUGAUGCAUCAUUUGUUUUGACGGCACUGGCGCAAGUCAGGUUUCCAAAGAUGAAUCGGUCGCAAAGACGAAUCGGAUUCUUAAUACCCACAGGCCUUGAGGACGUCCAGUAGAAAGAAAUCUCGAUAAAAGUGAAAUCUCCCGAGGCAGAAAAUUUCAAACCAAAUUCGAAACGCGCGCUGAAAACAUCUCCCUCAAAGUUUUCGCAAUAUCUGUGACGUCGUAUUUGGAGUGCGUCACACAUGCCUGAAGACCAUGGGCAGACCAAGAGGAAAACGGUUCCAAAGGAUUCCAAACAAUGGAUAAUAAACUACCGAAAUAUUCAUGCACGUUAAGACUUCAUGGGAAGCAUCCUAAAUUGAAAACACCAUCACCAAAUUCAUAGGCAAACGCACAGGGAUAUUGUUCAAACAUUCCGCAUUGUGAACCUGUUGGAUUGUAGUCCGGCAUUUAGUGAUUCAACCAACCAUAGUACUGUGAAUUCUUGUAGAUACGAAAUUGCCUCCAAAGUUAUAAUGUGCUGUUAAAGCAGCAAUAUACUGAAACGGUUUGUGGGUCACCUUGGUGCACGUCUUUGCUAGUUCAGAGGCUUGACUUUCUGGCGGUCAACUAUGUGAAUUUCGUUGAACAGGGGAAAAAAAUGAUGGGCCACAAACUGGAGCGAUUUACGCUAACAUGCCAGGAACGAAUCGCUGCUUCUGUCAGACGGAAAUUAGUGUCAGCCCGGCUGUAUUUCACGGUUAUGUCAAUUUUGCUCGCGUCUGUUACUGGUGGUGAGUAAUUUAAUUGAUCGAUGGAACUUGCGGGCUUCUGACUUAAAAUUUAGGCUUGUUUCGUCUGCUUGCCAUAGACAUCAUUACUCGAAACAACGCCGCUAGAAAUGGUUUUGAUUGAACGCGAAAAACGGGUUGCUGCAUUGUUUUCGCAAUCUCUUAUCUCUUCUUAUUUAUCAUGCGGUUUUCAGACACGCUAGUGCCGUUAACGGCCGUUAACGGCACUAGCGUGUCUGAAAACCGCCCAGGGCUGGCUCGGUCGCCCAUUGCGGGCUAGUGUUGCAAUUGACUGGAUUUUUCAGAAAUCCCAGCGGACACUUUCCACAAGGGUAAAGUAGGUUGACGCGCCUUAUCGGGCGAGUUGAGGGCGUUGUAGACCGAGGCGAUUUAAGCCGCCAGACGGCGGCCUAAAUUCCGGACAAAGUGCAUGCGUGCACCCUGUAUGCGCGCGUUCGUGCAAAGGGACCCCCAGGCCUGACGUGCGAAAUGCACUUGGGCGAACAUCAAGGAGGGUGUGUAGCAGAAAAGUUCCUUUCCUCGCACAGAUCAAGCACUAAGCCAGUCAGGUUACUAGCCCUGCACUAGCUCGCAAGUCAAACGGGUUAGCAAAUGUCUAGCCCUGGGCGAUUAGGCGCUAUCCGAGUUCACGGUUUAUAAGUCCCUCGAAUUUGAGGGGGACAAUAAUUGUUGCUUACCUCGAAUUCGGUCGGUCUCGCUACGUAUGUAGCAUUAUGUCAUGCGCUCUACCUGAUUGUUUAACUGUCCCGGCCCUUUUUACUAUCCACUGACGGGCGUAGCACAUCAGUAUAUCGCCGACUCAGCAUGUAUAUUGAUAAUAGAAGCGAAGAUGCGUGUCCCCGGACAUAAAUGAGAAGAAAAGGCGAUCUCGGAAGCCAUAGUUUUACUGUCCUGACGUUUCAAAAUCAAACAAGCUUCCAUCGUCGGAGGUGAGUGUGGUUUCGCGCUUCACAGUAUUUAUAGGUGAGGGACGCAAGCGUCUGAAGACGAGCUGGGGAACCAGCGUCGAAAAUUUACGCAAUAAACCCUCUUGUCCCAAAGAACCCAUCUCUUUUCAACAUACAUAUAUAUAUAUAUAUAUAUUGAAAUCAAAGACGAUCUUUGGGAAAGGGAGAAAACUUUAUUGAGUAAAUUUUCGACGUCGGUUUCCCGUGUCGUCGUCAGACUAGAGUAAAUGUGCUGAAAACAAUUAAAAUUUCAAACGUGCUACAAAAUCAAUACUCAUUUGGUGCCUCAGCUAGUAAGCUGCCGUCGUGUGUUUCAGUCCGUAUUGAUCGGCUUUCGUCUCUUCCACUUUUCUCUGAGAUUCUUGUACGUGGCAUCUAACCCGAUGUGCCUGUUGAUGCAUGACUCAUCGGAGUGCAUGCGGGCAGAAGUCGGUGAUCCAACGUAGAGGUGUUAGGGAUUGCAGUUGCGGUUCGCUGUGCCUGGGGUAGGGGGUGGCGAAAUAGUGCGAUUAUACAUGGCCCGGUAUGGAUUGGCGGCUUCUGUUAGGUCGUGGGCGCAAGUCAGUGAGCCGGGUAUGCAGACCUUUGUAAUGAAUGUCCAGAUCGAUAUGGCGAUUGAUGCCAGUCGUGUUAGAGUGCCAGGCUUCGAGGAAUUCUCGGGCCUGUUUGGUGUUUGCUAUGGCAAAAAUUUCAGCUCCUUAUCAAUUGAAGCGAUGUUCGCAUUCAAGCGCGUGCGCAAACACGAGUGACAAAAGGUCACGUCGGCGGAUGGCCGGUUUAUAUUCGUUUAUACGCGUCCCAAGUCGUCGGCCUGUAUUACCAACAUAAUUGGAAGGGCAGUUAGUACACGGAAUUCGGUAGGUGAUAUUGGUUUGCUGCUCUUUGGAUAUAGGAUCUUUCACUCGGGACAGUGUUGCGCGCAGGGAGGACGCGGGCUUGUGGGCAAUGAAGAGGCCAAACCGGUUUGGUUGUCUGGCGAUCGCUUCGGAAAUGCCCUGCAUGUAGGGUAGAGAUUAGAAUUUCCGCAGCUCUCGUCCCUCAUUAGAACAAACGCCUUUUGAUUGUCUCUGAUGUCUGAGACAAUUUUUCACAAAACUGACCGGGCAUCGGUUGAGUCGGAAUAACCGAUACAAGAAAGCGAGCUCUUUCUUAAGUAAAUCAUCGCUGCAACGGGCUCGUGACCCAGUGGUUAGAGGCGUGGAUUCUAACUAACAGGUCGAGAGUUCGAGACGGGGGUGUACCACACUUCGGGGUUGGGUAUGACUGGUGGACGACGGCUAAUAAGCCAGAAAUGGCCAUUGCAGUCUCCCUUGUCUUUGCCGGUGAUACCAUUCUGCAUAUACAUUGAUAUAUAUAAGAGAAGGUAAGACGAUCACAAGAACCAUGGUUUUAUUGGCCCUAACCCCUGGCAUAUAUCUUUCCUGACUGCUCCGUCCGUAGUCCUAUAUUUUGCUAUAUUGCUACGUCAGAUUAGCCUUUUCCUGUGCCCCAGAUUAACCCACGUUUUUUGUCUUCAUAAAGGUGUCACUCUUGGGUAUUCGUCAUCGGUGUCCGCUCAACUUCUCCUUCCGGACUUUAUUCUGGCCUUCUUUUCAAGUGUGAUCAAUUUGGGUGCACUUAUUGGAAGCCUUUUUGUGGGCCCGCUUCUCACUUUCAAAGGUCGUCGAGCAACACUCUGCUUUUCUACACUGCCUGCCCUUCUUGGAUGGUUUAUGAUUUGUAGUGCACAAGGCCUAAGCCCACCGUCCGAGCCAACAAACAGUCUCAUCGCGCUCCUACUUUUAGGGCGUAUUUUGACUGGUGUUGCGGCUGGCAUGCUUCUCGCUACUGCUUCUGUGUUUCUCGUGGAAGUUGCCCCACCAUCUCAGCGUGGUCAAUUUGGAUCGUUCGCCCAGUUCGGCAUUGUAGCCGGCAUCUGCAUAGCCUACGCAUUUGGCAUGUACACAACAUGGUAUGAGACGGCCAAGCUGAUGCUUUUGCCGACUGCGGGACUUUUCGCUCUCAGUUUCUACUUACCAGAGUCUCCAGUCUGGUUGUUUCGGAACGGUAACCUGAAACUAGCGCUUACAAAUCUUUCCUGGCUUCGAGGAGACGUAAGUUUUGAGAUUUAUCCUUUUCUUCAAACUGCCCGUUUGCUUUAAGACACAUGUCUUCUUUUUUAACGUCCGAAUGCUUUUCCUGGAGUCAUUCCUAUUUUGGCAUCUAUGUGCAUUGAUGCCACCCCAUCACAUACUGCCAACGAACUCAGUUUUGUCUUUAAACUGGACUUUACCCUAAUACCAUUCUUAUCUCUGGUUCGCUCCAGCACUCGGCCGCUGUGGAUGAACUAUCGGCCUCCGUUGCAACCAACCAUUCGGAAGGUGCUGACUGCCAGCUGGGUCUGGUACCCCUCCUAUUUCCUUGUACAGCUGUUCUUCCAGAACUUCGAUCCCGACUGCGUAUGGCUAUCAACCUUAUGGUUUUCCAACAACUCACUGGUGUAA